AUGGAGACGGCCCUGGCCUCCGUGUACCAAUCCUUUGACCGGCUCGUGGAGGCGGUGCGCGCCGCCAACGAGGCAGUGCACAUUGGUAAGAAGGCGAUGUACAAGCCAAUCAUCGUAGAGAUGAUGCUGCUGGCGUCAAAGGUCAACAGUUCCCUGGUACUACAGGACGGUGCCCAGGUCUCCGUGCGGGGGGCCGAAAAGGCUGUGCGGCCGGCUCGGGAGGCGGUCACGGUUGCCAAAGCCACAGGGAAGCGAUCCCUAAUGAGCACCUGCCUGUACCAGCUGGCAGAGGUGCAGCUGAUGUCCUACCAGCUGGGGCCGGCAAUGACCUCCGCCAAGGAGGCGUUGGACAAGUUCCGCGAAGGCGGCGACAAGCCCGGGGAGGCUGGUGCGGUGAUCCUCAUUGCGGAGACACACUAUGCUGGUGGCAAGCAUGACAAGGCCGAGGAGACUGUGAAGGAGGGCAUUGAGCUGGCUGCUGAGUGCAGCGAUCAGAGGAAAGAGUCCUACGGCAAGGCGCUCUUGCAGCAGAUCCAGGAUAGCCGGCAGGCGCAGCAGCAGGCGGCACAGGCGGCUGCACGGCCUAUGGGGAUGCCGAUGAUGCUGCCGCCCCAGGCGGGCGGUGCCCCAGCUGCUGGGGCAGCGCCGGCGGCCUCCUCGGCUGUGGUGGAGGCAAAGCAGGUCGGUUUGGACGCCAACAUGGUCACGUCCACCGUCCAGGAGAUGGCGCGUCAAGCCAUUGGAGUGGACGACGAGCUGUAUUUAGACAGCGCUUUGAUGGACUCAGGCAUGGACAGCCUGACGGCAGUAUCUUUCAGGAACGGCUUGCAGCAACAGCUGGGUGUGAAGCUGCCCUCGUCUUUGAUGUUCGACUACCCCACCAUGAAGGCGAGGAAGGGCGGAGCGGAAGAGCGGGGAACCUGCCUCAUGGGGCGUGUGGCUUGUUGA